AUGCCGCUCGUGCAGGUCACGGACGUGUUCAACGAGCCCCUCGACCUGUGGCUCUCGCCCAAUCAUCAGGGCACGCGUCGGUUCGUUCGGAAAGACGAUCUCGACGCGCUGAACGCCGCGUCGAAGCGCGCGGCCGAGCGCGCGUCCAAGUCCGUGGAAGCGCGCGAGCGCGAGGAGGAAGCGGAGAGGGACGCGCGCGCGAAGCGGGACGCGCUCGGCGACGACGAAGGCGGCGGCGGCGACGACGACGACGACGACGACGAUGAUGUCGUCCUGUGCGGCGUCGUCCCGCGCGACGACGGCGACGGCGACGGCGCCGUAGUAAACACGGACGCGUCGCUCGUCCCGCGCGUCGCGCUCCCCGCGCCCGUCGGCGUCCUCGGCCUCCUGUGCCCGAUACCGACGGUCCAGCCUCUGCCGGACCGCGGCGCCGACGCGCUCGAGGCCGCCGCGGAGGCGUCGCGGCUGUUCGAAUCCGAAGCGGGCGCGCCGACCGUGUUCGUCAACAGGCCGUCGCCGAACCUAAUCUGCGGCGCGUGCAGGGACGUGUUUCGCGACCCGGUCAUCGCGAACGACGGGUUCACGUACUGCCGCGACUGCGUGCCGUGCCUGGGGGAGCUGGACGAGGGGGAGAACUACGCGUACGACAAGGCGAACCUCGCGCGCGACCACGAGAUUUACGAGAAGAUCGCGUCGCUGCAGAUCUUAUGUCGGCACGGCUUGACCUUCUUGGACACCGUCGAGGGCGUGAACCGCUGGGUGUACAACCCGGAGGGAUGCAAAGAAGCGCUGACGUACGAGAACAGGGUGAAGCACGAGGAGUCGUGCGCGUACGUGCGCGCGAGGUGCGCGCUCCCGAGCGGCGCGGGGGAGAACGACUCGUGUCCGAUGAUGGUGUACCGAUUCGAACGCGCGUCGCAUCAGGCGUCGUGCCCUUUCCGUCUCGUCCCCUGCGACGUCCCGGGGUGCUCGACGCGCGUGCGGUGGAACCGCAAGUCGCGGCACGCCGCGACGUGCGAGUACAAGACGACCGAGUGCGCGAACGGAUGCCGGUGGCGCGGGCGGAGGGACGAGCUCUCGCGGCACCGCGACGCGUGCGUCCUCGAGGUGCGUUCUAUACACUGGUUCCCAUACGACCCCGUCGGCGUGGUGAACGCCGAUCCUUAA